GUGGUCCGGUUAGGUUUUCCCUUGUGUGGGCUUAGGAUCCUCCUUUUCACUUAGAGGCUUUCAUAGAUCGGAAGACCAAAAAUUGCUAAAGAGGUGCUGGAUGAGAUGCGAAGCUAUUUAUCUGUGACAGAUCCCACGGAGAAACUAGUCCGUAUUGAUCGAGUUCGAAGGUCAGUGUGGAAUCUCGAAGGUGAUUCUCAAGGACAGAAGACUCUGCUACGUUUGGAGCCUGCCACAAAGGUUACAACUAAUGUACACAAAGGCAAGGGAUUGGUUUUUGAUUUUGAUACCAAACAGGUUAAUCCCAAAAGUGUUGAUGGUGACAAGCUAUUAGCGUCUGCGAUUAAAGCUAGUAAUGUGUUAACAAGAUUCAGUCACUUGGAGUCUAAUUCUGGUGAACGGAAGACCUUAAAUGCUGACUUUGGUCCUUGUACUACGGUGUUUCAAACUAGCAAUCAAGCUAGUUCUUCCGGUACAAGUGACACGCUUAAAAAAUAUCGUCGCCGACCAAGUCAACAUAAAAGAAGAGCUCAGGCGACUAAAGCAGCUUUGGACUCAAGGAAACCAGAGUUGGUUUAUAGAGAAAAACCAAAACAAGGUGAAGAGGACAGUUUGUCGUUAAAGAGGAAAGCGGAGGAGGAAGGUGUGGCAGUACCAAAGGUUGCUAGGCGUUUUGAAAAUGAUUUAGCGGUGGUUCCGUAUGAGGAACCGCUGCAGCAAUAAUGAGCAUACUUAGUUGGAAUUGUCAGGGAUUGAGGAGCUCGCUGACAAUUCCUAUACUCAAGGAAAUGAGACGUGUUCAUUUCCCGGAUAUUUUGUUUCUCCUGGAGACGAAAAACUCCAGUAAUCACGUGUUGAAUGUCAAGCAAUGGUUGGGGUAUGAUUCUGCGCAUAUAGUAGAUCCUGAAGGCUUGAGUGGAGGUUUGGCAUUAUUUUGGAAAGCUUCAUAUGUGAUUGAAGUUCUUCACUCGGAUAAGAGAAUUAUAGACACCAAAAUCAAGAUUGGGUCCUUGU